CUCACGCACACUCGGAGAAAGCUGCGCCUUUUCUUCGCCCAGACAUUCACUCUCGCUCAUUCGCGGAGGCGCACGGCGCACACGCAGGAGGCGACAGGCAUAUGACGAUAUAUGCAAAAGCCACAAGGAAGGCGCCGUGAUUUGAUUGCGCAUUCUGUGCUCGUACAAAAGGAGAACAUCUGAAGUUUCGUCGUGUAUCUAUAUAUCUAUUUAUUUAUUUAUUUAUCUAUGUUUUUGCGGUCUUUUUUUGGAGUCGAAGUGAGCAGGGGCAGCAGCAGCAGCGGAGGAUUGAUUCAACAUGCCAGAUUUCUGAGAGGACAUCUACCCCUGUAGCCCCGGCCCGGUUUUAUUCCCCCAUGGAAGUAAGCGCCAGAGUGUGCGCAAAGAAGAUGGGGGCAAAAAUGGUCCAAGCCAAAGGAAAUAUUUUCUCUCCGGCACUGCUCCAGCUAUUGCUUUUGGUCGCGCUCAUACACGGAGCCGCUGGCAAGACUUUGAAAUAUAAAGUUUUCGAGGAGCAGAAAGUGGGCACGGUUAUUGCGCGGUUGCGGGAGGAUGUCGCCGGGGUUUUGUCCAAACUACCGAGUUCGCUGAACUUUCGGUUCCGCGCGAUGCAACGGGGGAGCACGCCGCUCUUGUCUGUCCGGGAGGAGGACGGGGAGAUCAGCAUUGGCACCAAGAUCGACCGCGAGAAGCUCUGUGAGAAAAACUUGAACUGCUCGAUUGAAUUCGACGUGGUCACGCUGCCGACAGAAUACCUGCAGCUGUUCCAUGUGGAGGUGGAAGUGCUGGAUAUCAACGACAACUCCCCGCACUUCUCCCGCGCCAUUGUCCCCAUUGAGAUUUCCGAGAGCGCAUCCGUGGGGACGCGAGUCCCGCUGGAUGGCGCAGUGGACGCAGAUGUCGGAGACAAUUCCCUGCACACUUACACUCUGACACCCAAUAACUUCUUUAAGAUCGAUGUGAGGACCAGGACGGACGGGGCCAAGUACGCGGAGCUGGUGGUGAUGAGGGAGCUGGACCGGGAGGUCCUGUCCAGCUACCAGCUGCAGCUCACAGCCUCGGACAACGGUGUGCCCCCCAAGUCUGGCUCCACUUUGCUCAAAAUCAUCAUUUCCGAUUCCAAUGACAACAGCCCGGCCUUUGAUGAGCAGGCCUACAUCAUCAAUUUGCUGGAGAACUCUCCCCUCGGGACUCUAAUCAUUGAUUUGAACGCCACAGAUCCAGAUGAGGGCACUAAUGGGAAAAUAGUCUACUCGUUCAGCAGCCACGUUUCUCCGAAGAUCUUGGAAACAUUUAAGAUAAACCCAGAAACUGGCCACAUCACUCUUAUUAAGAAAGUUGACUUUGAAACCACAGCUUCCUAUGAGCUGGAUGUGCAGGCUCAGGACAUGGGCCCAAACUCCAUCCCUGGACUUUGUAAAAUUGUGGUGAAAGUGGUGGAUGUAAAUGACAACAAACCAGAGAUAAACAUCAACCUGAUGACGCCUGGCAAAGAAGAAGUGGCCUAUAUUUCCGAGGGGGCGCCCGUGGACACCUUCAUAGCUCUGGUGCGUGUUGAUGACAGCGACGCAGGCCUCAACGGUGAGGUGGUGUGCAGGCUUCACGGCCACGGCCACUUCAGACUCCAGAAGACCCACGAGAAGAACUACAUGAUCCUCACCAACAUCUCGUUGGACAGGGAGAAGAGGUCAGAGUACAGUCUGACGGUCAUAGCUGAGGACAGGGGUUCUCCCAGCCUCUCCACCAUCAAACAUUUCACUGUUCAGGUGCUGGACGAAAAUGACAACCCCCCACGCUUUGAGAAGAGCCACUAUGAGGUAUUUAAAUCAGAAAACAACUCCCCGGGAGCCUAUCUGAUGACUGUGGUGGCCUCAGAUCCAGAUCUGGGAACCAAUGGCCAGGUCACCUACAACAUCAUAGACGCCGUGGUCCAAGGGAGCCCCAUCUCCACCUACGUCACCAUUGAUCCCUCUAAUGGCGCCAUCUAUGCCUUGCGCAGCUUUGACCACGAAGACGUCAGCCGGGUGGCUUUCAUCAUCCAGGCACGCGAUGGCGGAAACCCGUCACUGUCAGCAAACACCACUGUCCUUCUAACUGUUUUGGAUGAAAACGACAACCCGCCUGUCAUUCACUCGCCCCCCAUCCAGAACCACACUGCUGAGCUUCUGGUGUGGAAGUAUGCGUCUCCUGGUCAGCUGAUAACUGCGCUCAAAGUCACAGACCGCGACGCUGGUGCCAAUGGAGAGCUGAGCUGCGCCAUCGUUGGAGGCAAUGAGGACAGGCUGUUUGUCAUGGAUGCCCGGCGAUGUGAGCUCAGAACCAAUGCCACUCUGGAACAGGCUCCUCGGGACGUGAUGGAGCUCAAGGUAGAAGUGCAAGACAGAGGCACCAGUCGGCUGUCCACAGGGGCCCUCCUCAGGCUCUCCCUGCAGGAGAACAUGGACAUCCUCCCCCCUCUCUACCCCACUGGCACCAGCCAAGCCUCACUGGAUCUCUCCCUCAUUGUCAUCAUCUCUCUGGGUGCCGUUUGUGCUCUCUUGCUCAUCGUUAUGGUGAUGUUUGCCACCACCCGCUGCAGCCGCGAGAAGAAAGACCCCAGACACAACUACAACUGUCGUGUGGCAGAAAGCAGCUACCAGAACCACCCCAAAAAGCCCACCAGGCAGAUCCACAAGGCAGACAUCACCCUGGUCCCAACUGUCAACGGGACUCUGCCCGUCCGGGCACACCCGCGCUCGCCGUCAGCCUCCCCGACACCGGAGAGGGGCACCCUGGGGAGCAGACAGAGCCACCAUAGCCGCCAGUCCCUCAGCAGCCUGGUCACCAUCUCCUCCAAUCAUGUACCAGAGAAUUUUGCCCUGGAGCUUGCCCACGCCACACCUCCUGUAGAGCAAGUCUCACAGCUUCUGUCCAUGCUCCAUCAGGGCCAGUACCAGCCACGACCAAGCUUCAGAGGCAACAAAUAUACCAGGAGUUACAGAUAUGCCUUGAAUGAGAUGGACAAGUUCAGUCUGAAGGACAGCGGCCGCGGGGACAGCGAGGCUGGGGACAGCGACUACGAGCCUGGCAGGGAGUCACCCAUGGAUAGGCUCCUUGGUGAGGGCUUUAUUGAGAUAUAUGCCCCUGAUGGUCAGCACAGAACGCAUGCAGCUAUGAGGCUCUGCACAGAGGAGUGUCGUGUCCUGGGCCACUCAGAUCAGUGCUGGAUGCCCCCCCUGGCCUCCCCGGCCUCGUCCUCCUCCGACUACCGAAGCAACCUAUACAUCCCAGGGGAAGAAGCGCGCCAGGUGACGGACCACUCGCAGGAAAAGACCCCACAGCCCUGCACUGACACAGGGACCGCCCGCAACCAGAGCUUCUCCACCUUCGGCAAGGACCUGGGCGCUGAGGACGGGGGAGAAGAGGAGGGGGGAGAGGACGGUGGGGGUGAGGCCAGAGAGGAAGACCUGUGCGGGACCACGUCACUGUUGUCAGAGAUGAGCAGUGUGUUCCAGAGGUUGCUACCCCAGGGGCUGGACUCCUACGUCCAGGUCAACGAGAAAGAGAAAGGGACCAGCCUGAGCGGGGUGGGUGUACCCAUGACUGGAUCUUUAGAUCGCAGGAGGGGCCAUCUGCCCGGCAAGCCGAGCCCCUCCGUCCACCAGCAGGGCGUGGCAGCCUGGGCUGCCAACACCCACUUUCAGAACCCAGGAAGCAGCAUUGGCCCGUCUGGCCAUCACCAGGGCGGCAGCUACCACACCUUGAAACCCAGCACCAAGCUCGGCUCCCAGAGCAGCAGCCACAAGGGCUCGCAGGCACCCAAGAACAGCCCUCAGAACAGCGGCCACCCCCCUAAACCCCACAGCAGCCCCCUGCUCACUGCACUGGUCAGCCCCACUCUGAUGCAGCAUUCCCCAGCCCCCGUGCCAGUACCAGUGCCACUCCCGGGACCCUCCUCCAAGUGGCUGCCUGCCAUGGAGGAGAUCCCCGAGAAUUACGAGGAGGACGAUUUCGACUCGGUGCUCGGCCACCUUCAGGGCAAACGCAGCGACAGCCGACACGAACUGGUGGACGCCAGCGAGCUGGUGGCUGAAAUCAACAAACUCUUACAGGAUGUCCGGCAGAGUUAGACUUCCUUUUUUUUGUUAUACCCUCUUUAUUUAUUCAUCACCCACAGACUGCUUCCUUUCACCUUCAGAAUAAAAGUAAGGUACUUUGGGUGGAAAAAAAAGGAUGUAAGAAAAUAACUGAAGUGAGAAACAAAGACAGAAAAACUAGACCUGCAAUUGUCGUUAAAGUUGCAAUUCUAAUGUAAUAAUUGUGUUUUGUGAAUGCUAAAUAUCCAAAAAAAAUUGUUUGUAAUUGCUUGUUUUGGUACACAAUGUACACUAUGUGACUGGUAUUUAUCUUUGUAUUUUAAAAAUACAUUUGUAUACUUAUAUUUAUAAAAGAAAGUGUAUAUAAACAUAAUCAGAAGUCUAUUUUUAUAUUUUGAAUGCAUGUUGAGUACAAAAACAUUGAAUCCAGACUGAGAUGCGAUCGACAUUCGAUGUAUUUAAAUUGUCUUUUUGUAUUGUGAUUUUUAUUUAGUUGUCACUAUAAUAUGUAUACAUGGAUAUAUUAAUGAAUUAAUGGACACUUGUCUUUGUGGUCUGUUGUGGGGAAGGGGAGGGCACACAAAU